AUGGGACGUGGAGCAAUCGCUCCAGGACGUGCAGCUAAUACUGACAGGGGUGUUGACCGUAGUCAACUAGGCCGCAACGCACCCGUUUCCGGUCGUGGUGGUACUCAGCCUGAUCGCGACAUGAUUGGUGGAUUUUCCGAUGAUAGCCAACAGUAUAAUAUGUACGGUGGUGCGGAAGGUUAUCAAAACCCGACUGAGGAGCAAUAUCCAGGGCCACCAAAUGAUGAUUAUCGGAACAGACGUUUUGGCGGACCAGGUCCUUACAACGCAAACGCAUUGCAAAAGCCUUCUGGUGGUAGUUAUUCUGCCUACCAAAGAGGCAAUCCCCCGUUCUCCGGUGGUCCAGCAGGAUAUCCAAAUGCACCUGGUGGUGGUUACAAUCGAGGAAAUCUCCCUUCAUAUGGGAAUCCUAAUUCUGCUUCUAGUUAUCCCAACUCAUAUACUGGUGAUCAAGGUAAUUUCACAAAUCCUGGCUCAGAUCCUUACAGUGGAGGUAUGGCAUCAGACAGAUCUGGGAGACCUGGAAUGCAACAAAAUUCAGGUGGUCCUUUUGGAGGAUCUCAUGCUUAUGGUACCAGUGAUCCUGAUAAAACAACCAUGUCACAGAAUGAACAUUCAAGUACAGAUAGUUCUAGUUUGUAUGCAUCUGGUGCUGCUCGCUAUUCCGACAAUCACCCCUCUGCUACCAAUAUCCCUCCCGUUCCUAGACAAUCACGUUUUGAUGCCAAACCAGAAACUAAUACUCCUUCCCAAACAAAUGCCUAUAAUAGCUAUCCUUUGGGAUCCAGUUAUCCAGGCGGAUUUACUUCAAAUGGUAACCAAAAAGCAACUAUCCAACCAUCUAAUCCUCCCGGCGGUCCUAGAACUGGACGCAGUCGGUUCGAUGUUGGACCCCCUGCUUCCCAACCGAUCCCUCCAGCUGCCCCCGUACAGAGCACUACUUAUAACCCACCAUCACAGCCAGUUAAUCGACCACAACCUCAAGUACAACAAACUGCAACAUCUAUCCAGCAAGCUCAACCACAAAGUUACGGGUAUGGUUAUUCUACUCAGAAUACAAAACCUGACGGAAGUAGUAAUGCAAGCGCCCCUCCCGUUAGUCAAUCUUAUGGUGCUUACAACUAUGGGUACGGAUAUGGUACAUACGGGUCGCAAGCUGCUCAACCAUCUGCAACGGUUAGUCGAUGUGCACCCACCACUGGUACCACCCAACAGUCACUAUAUGCCUCAGCUGUUGCUGACAAACCCCAACUAACUCAACAGACAACCGCGCCAGCAGUUUCUUCCGCCGCCACUACUACUGCCACAUCUGACCAUUCGACACCGGCUGCAGCGGCUUAUGCCUCCUACUACUAUGGUGCUCCUCAAAGCGCUACAGGAAGUACUCAAGGAGCUGGGAAGUAUGAUGCAGCGAUGGUUGCUGCACAACAAUUUAAUGCUUGGCAACAACAGCAACAGCCUUCAGCUGUGUCGGGUAGCGUAUCCAGUAGCGUCCCAAGUGCUCCAACCGCAACAGUAACGCCACAGACACCAGCCGCAAAUCCUUAUGCAAGCUAUUACCCUGGGUAUUCUACUUACCCAUCUGGAUAUGGUACUAUCCCAGUUGGCGGAGCUCCUCCAGGUGGGGUCCCAACUGCUGCCGCUCCGCCAGCAAUGAGUCAAUAUUACACCGGUUAUCGCUAA